GGUUGAAUAAGUACUUGAAGGCUUGUACUUCACUCUUCUAGAAUCCUCUUCGCCUUUCCGCUUGGCAUUGAGCGUAUUUUGUGGUACCUGGACGUGUUAUUUAGUCAGAUCGUCUGACUGGAAACUAUAAUUUGACAAACGAGUCACUCGAAGGGCGUCUGUCCACCAAUAUCUCUUGGAAUCGAUUGACCACCUUCUGUUUUCACGAUUCCGCUUCUCAGGUGCUCGGCGCAAUUCUUUGCGCAUAAGAGUACCAAUCUACCCCGCUUGUUGUCAAGAACUAUCAACAUCAUGGCACAAAAAAUAAGGGAAGCGGAAGGACUCUUGCGAUCGGUUCCAAAUCAUGGCGAGCAAAUAUUGCCAAGAGACGGGGAGAAGAACGUCUUGAUCACUUCCGCGCUUCCGUAUUGCAACAACGUUCCCCACCUCGGCAAUAUCAUUGGAAGCACUCUCAGUGCAGAUGUCUUUGCACGAUACAACCGCACACGGAAUCGUAGAACAUUGUAUAUCUGCGGUACCGACGAGUACGGCACUGCGUCAGAAACGCAAGCCAUAAAAGAGAAGAUUACCCCUAGACAGCUCUGCAACAAAUACCACUCACUUCAUGUUGAGACGUACAAGUGGUUUGAUAUUGGCUUCGACUACUUUGGUCGUACAUCAACACCGCUACAUACCGAGAUUUCUCAAGAGAUAUACCGAAAUCUAGGGAAGAAUGGAUACCUUGAAAGGCAAACGAAGGAACAAACAUACUGUGAAGAUUGCUCGAAGUUCCUUGCCGAUCGUUUCGUAGAGGGUACAUGCCCACACUGCGGCGCCGAUGACGCACGAGGUGAUCAAUGUGACUCGUGUAGCAGGACGCUCGAUGCAAUAGACCUUAUCAACCCUAGAUGUCUAAUCGACAAGCAUCACAAAGUCGUCACCAAAGAGUCAGCACACAUGUACUUUAGGCUAGACGAAAUUCAACCCAGGACAGAGGAAUUUGUCAGGAGGUCUUGGAAGGAGGGCCACUGGUCGCCGAAUUCGGUUAUCAAUGCUGAAGGUGAACUGAUCGAUGCCAGGUUGAAGCAGGGCUUGAGACCGAGCCCUGUGACAAGAGACCUGACAUGGGGUGUGCCUGUUCCUGUUGACGAGGAUGACAAGGAUGGUAUGAGGGGGAAGGUGCUUUACGUUUGGUUCGAGGCUUGCAUCGGAUAUGUCAGCAUCACCGCCAACUACUCAACUGAAUGGAAGCGAUGGUGGUUCGAUCAUAAGAACGUCAAACUAUACCAGUUCAUGGGCAAGGACAACGUAUACUUCCAUACCAUUUUCUUCCCAUCUGUUCAAAUCGGGGACGGCCGUCCAUGGACCAUGCUCCACCAUAUUAACACUACUGAGUUCCUGAACUACGAAGGUGGAAAGUUCUCGAAGAGCAAGAAUCGUGGCGUUUUCGGUCCUGCUGCAAGGGAGACCGAAGUUCCAGUGUCAGUUUGGAGAUACUACUUGAUUUCUACAAGACCUGAAACAGCAGAUGCCACUUUCUCGUGGGCAGAAUGCAUUGCCGCGAACAACAAUGUCCUGUUGAACAACUUUGGCAAUUUCGUGAAUCGUGCACUCAAGUUCAUUGCUGCAAAUUACGACGGCACCAUACCAAAUAGUGGAGAUGCGCCAGGACCUUUCUCACCAAACGACGAGGCUGACGCCGACUUCAUCUCCGAUAUUAAUACCCUGCUCAAAGAGUACAUCGACGCCAUGGAAGCCGUCAAGCUCCGCUUGAGUCUUCAAUUGGUCAUGCAAGUCUCAGCUCGGGGUAACCUCUACCUUCAAUCCUCUGGUCUCAACAAGGCCUUGAUGCUAGAAAACCCUAAACGCUGUGUCCAAGUCCUGGCUCGCGCCGCCAACCUCAUCUACCUCCUCUCAGUCCUCAGUCAUCCGUUCAUGCCCAGCACCUCCGAGUCGAUCCUUAAACAGCUCAACGCACCCGAACGAGCUGUGCCCGAGGUUUUCAGCAACGAUAUCCUCGCUGGACACAAAAUCGGCAAACCCGAGCAUCUGUUCAAGAAGAUCGAUGAGAAGAUGGCGGACAUUUGGAGAGACAAAUUCGGCGGGAACGACAAUGCUCCGCCUGCUCAACCUAGCGCUGACGCUACCCAUGUUGCGCCUGGAAUGUCAAAACGCAAGGCUCAGGCAGCGAAGAAGGCUGCUGCUGCUAAAGCCGGUCCGGGUGAGCAAGAUUCUGUACCUAAGUCAGCAGAGGUACUGGCUUGGGAGCAGCAAGUUGCAGAACAGGGACAGGUUGUCCGGGAGCUGAAGGCGAAACCGAAAACGGCGGAGACGGAUAAGGAGAUCUCUGCGGCUGUUGCAGUGUUGAAGAAGCUGAAGGCUGAGCUUGCUGGACUGCAGAAACAGCAAGCGUAGAUGCGAGGUUCUUUCUUAGGGAUGAGUUCGGCUUGUAGAAGAGUGGAAGGUUAUGAGUAGAUGAUGCAUGUUGUUGCAUGACGCUUUCCUAGCACUUGCUUUUGUUAACGUCGAGAUAUCCGAAUUGAUAGAAUUGGGUCCGAUUACAGUUAUUCACGGCGAAUAUACAGCUGCAGGAGGAUGUGGCGGAUAGAAGUCUUUGUUAUGAGACUAGACUCGGAAAAGGGUGAAUUCAUGACUUGCAUUACGGGUCAUUACUGAGAUCAAAGCAAGGUAUAGUAGUGAUCUCUACGUCUCCAUUUUCGCAAUCUCUGCCUGUGUACUAUAAAGUAGACAUUUCAGUCGAAGUACAUAGGAGACGA